AUGUCUCUGGGGCGACUCCUCCGACGAGCCUCUUCCAAAGCGUCCGACCUCCUGACCCUGACUCCCAGUGGUGGUGGCUGCUCCUCCGUGCUCGAUGGGGAGAUCAUCUACUCCAAGAACAAUGUCUGUGUCCACCCCCCUGAGCUGCUGCAGGGCAUCGGGGAGCACCAUCCAGGCUAUUUGUGCUUGUACAUGGAGAAGGACGAGCUGCUGGGAACCACGCUGAUCCUGGCCUGGGUGCCCAACUCCCGCAUCCAGCGGCAGGAUGAGGAAGCCCUGCGCUACGUCACCCCCGAGAGCUCCCCCGUGCGCAAAGCGCCCCGAAAGCGCGGCCGCCACGCCCAGGGCUUGGGCACGGGCCGGCCCCUGUCCCCCCCGGAGCAGAGAGGGGCUCUGACCCUCAGCGGGGACGAGAUCCUGACGGUGUCACAGCUCGUGAGGGAUGGGGCGCCCUCCUCGGAAGGGGAGAAGCUGUCGCAGAGCGGUGCCCGCCCGUCCCCGCAGCCGCCCCGCAGCGACUCGGGGACCCUGUCCACAGUCAGCUCCCAGGAGGAGCACAACAGGUCGGAGGGCACGGAGGAGGGCCUGGACUGCAGGGAGGACGAGGGCUCCUUGGAGCUGUCUGCUGAUGAUGUGAGCAGGGACAGCACUUUUGACUCUGAUUCUGAUGCCUUCUCUUCCCCCUUCUGCCUCUCUCCCAUCAGUGAAGCCCUGGGGAAAAGCAGCAGUUCUGUGUUCCUGGACAGUGAAAGCAGCCUGCCAUCUGUGAUUGUUGCAUGGCUGAUGGGAUUUUUGUCCCCAUGCUCUGUCCACAGGGACACGUGUGACAAUCGCAUGAUCUGCUCCACCAGCUCUGCCUCCAGCCUGGACACCAGUGCCCAGUUCCAGGAGAACAAUGGGCAAACACAGAGCAACAGAUGGGAUGAACAGCAGAAGGUAUUUGCCCUCGAGCAGGUGUGUGGUGUCUUCAGAGUAGACCUGGGACAAAUGAGAUCUCUUCGCCUUUUUUUCAGUGAUGAAGCCUGUACCUGUGGGCAGCUGGUGGUGGCAAGCAGGGAGAGCCAGUACAAGAUCUUCCAUUUUCACCACGGUGGCCUGGAUAAACUGUCCGAGGUGUUUCAGCAGUGGAAGUACUGCACAGAGACCCAUCUCAAGGACCAGCAGCUUGCAGACGAGAAAACCUGCAUGCAGUUCUCCAUCCGCCGGCCCAAGCUGCCCUCCUCAGAGACCCACCCCGAGGAGAACUCCUCCCGGCGCCUGGACGUGUCUGCCUGGCUGCAGCACCUCAACGAGGCCGGCCAGGUGGAGGAGGAGUACAAGCUGAGGAAGGCUAUUUUCUUUGGUGGGAUUGAUAUUUCCCUACGUGGGGAGGUGUGGCCCUUUCUGCUGCACUACUACAGCUACAAGUCCACCUCUGAAGAGAGGGAGGCACUGAGGCUGCAGAAGAGGAAAGAGUACUUUGAGAUCCAGGAGAAAAGGCUGUCCAUGACUCCAGAUGAGCAGAAGGAUUUCUGGCGCCAGGUGCAGUUCACGGUGGACAAGGACGUCGUGAGGACUGACCGCAGCAACCAGUUCUUCCGAGGGGAGAACAACCCCAACGUGGAGACCAUGCGGAGGAUUUUGCUGAACUAUGCAGUAUUUAACCCAGCCAUUGGGUACUCCCAGGGCAUGUCUGACCUGGUGGCCCCACUCCUGGCAGAGGUCCUGGAUGAGUCGGAUACUUUCUGGUGCUUUGUUGGAUUGAUGCAGAACACGAUCUUCAUCAGCUCCCCCCGGGAUGAGGACAUGGAGAAGCAGCUGCUGUACCUGCGUGAGCUGCUGCGGCUGAUGCAGCCCCGCUUCCACCAGCACCUGAGUGCCCUGGGAGAGGACGGGCUGCAGAUGCUCUUCUGCCACCGCUGGAUCCUGCUCUGCUUCAAGCGGGAGUUCCCCGAGGCCGAGGCGCUGCGCAUGUGGGAAGCGUGCUGGGCACACUACCAGACAGACUAUUUCCACCUCUUCAUCUGCGUGGCCAUCGUGGUGAUUUAUGGGGACGACGUCAUCGAGCAGCAGCUGGCCACUGACCAGAUGCUGCUGCAUUUUGGCAACCUGGCCAUGCACAUGAACGGGGAGCUCGUACUCAGGAAGGCCAGGAGUCUGCUCUAUCAGUUCCACCUGCUGCCCCGCAUCCCCUGCAGCCUGCACGACCUCUGCAAGCUGUGUGGGACAGGCAUGUGGGACAGUGGCUUCAUCCCUGCUGUGGAGUGCUCUGGCCACCACCCCGAGUCCGAGAGCUGCCCGUACGGGGGGCUGGUGGAAGAGUCUUCUCCUAAACCAGGAAGUGAAGGCAAGAAGGGCCUGAAAACACGGGAUGUCUUCACCUUCCGAAAAUAG